CGAUCAUCUCUUCACUUCACUUAAUAACAUUCUCAUCUCAUAUCUCUUAAUUGUUUGUAAUCAGUGGAGUCAUUAAUUACUAGCAAGCUACAGUGGUUUCACUGAGUAGCACAAGCAUGGAGAAAAUCCACAGCAAAUCCAAUCUCAAGGUGAAGAGCACUGCUGCAGCUGCAACUGCAACUCCAAGGGGAAUGAGGAAAGAGGAGCGGGCAAUUGAGAAGCCAAAGGCGAGCCCCCCAAGGGCUUGCUCGAAAGAGAACACCAAGCCACAGGAGUUCAAACUCCAUUCUCAAGAAAGAGCCAUCAAACGUGCCAUGUUCAACUAUUUCGUAGCAACCAAAGUAUAUGUUGAGGAGCAUGAGAAACGGCAACUAGAGAAACUGCAAAAGAUGAUUGAAGAAGAAGAGGUUAAGUCGCUGAGGAAGAAAAUGGUUCCAAGAGCCCAAUUGAUGCCAUUUUUCGACCGACCUUUCUUCCCACAAAGAUCAAACAGAGCGCUGACAAUGCCAAAGGAGCCGAGUUUGAAGAGCAGCAAGUGCAUGAGUUGCGUUGCUGAGAAUGGGAUGUUCCACUUUCAUCACCAUCAGACUUACUAUUAAUACUUUUAUAUGGAUAAUAAUUCUCUUGGGGUUUUUUUUUUUUUAAUAUGUAUGUAUAUUGCGGUUUGGGUGUAGAGAGUAGCAAGUUGCAAACUUUUACUAGGGUUUGCUGCGUACGUAGUGGUGCACUUUAAUUUGUCUGAGCUGCCCAACAAGUCGCUUGCCCAAUUAGUGACUUCGGUUUGUUUUGUUUUGUUGUUAAAUAAAUAAAAAUCUACUUUUACCAUUUUUGGUUUCUCUAACGGUCGCCAAAGGCUCGUGCCAACAAAUAUGUUGUCCAAGGAAUUGGUUGUAAGCUUUUUUUGUAAGUGGUUCAUUUAAUAGAAAAUGGGCCAAGUCGAGAG